AUGCAAAGUCUACAGCCCGGACCUGAAAGCUCUUCGCGAGAAGAAACGCGAUUGCUCAUGCUGUUCCUUGAUGUCAUACAUCCAAUCACGCAUACAUUCUGCAAGCUGGAAAGCAACACUGAGCGUAAUUGGAUGCUUAAUCGAAUCAUCAGCCGUGACGACUUAUUUAGCUCAGCUCUCAGUGUCAGCGCCUGCUUCGAGCACUCGUUGACUCAACGGGCUAGUGUGAAUGAGAUUGGACUAUGUCCAAAAUUGAGCAGGCUGCAGAGCCGGUCUAUUGCGAUACUUCGGGGAGAGGUCGAUCGUUUUUCUCUCAUGGACCCGUUACCAGUGGAAGUUUUUGUUUGGGCUGGGUUCCACCUUGUUGAUGUCAUCGCCAAUUUGGAGACGCUCGAGAUCUUCAGUAUGCUCCAGGGUCAAUGGGAGGUCCAUCACCAGGCUGCAAGGAAGGUCUUGAAUCAUAUUGAGACUUCUGUUCCACUCGAGAGUCGCACUUCAGUAUCAGUGAUAGCAGACGUAUUGUCCAGCUUGCCUGAAGGUGAUGUACGACGACGAUCGCUGCAACUUUCCAUCUUUAACUUUAUUUGGAUUGAUGUUCUGGCUACGUCUACUUUUGGUGCGGCGUCAUACUGCCCUUGCGCCUUCGACUACCUGCCUCUUCUAGAUUCUGGUACAAUCAGGUCUCAGGACUUUAUGGGUUGUCAGAGCCAAGUUUUUGCAAUUAUCUCCAGAAUUGCAAGACUUGAGCAAUUACAGCUGAUGCAGCAAGGUGAAAUCCACCAGGAGUUUACAGGACCGGAAUUACAACGACAAUACUGCGAACUUGAACAACAACUUGACCAUGUCUGCCAGACUCUUCAAGAAGACAUCGAGGGCCUGGCAAGUGUGCCUCCAGGUCUAGACCUCGAUGCUGCAGUGAUCAGUCUCAUCUGGGCUUUUGGUGCCAGAGUCUUGCUGCAAGUGGCAAUUGCUCCAAUUAUGUUCGAGCAAAGUAGUAUGGGCCAGACCUUUGUUAAUCUUUGCCUGGAGAAGCUUGAGACUCUCCCUACACGUCUUGUGAUGCGGACGGCCUGGCCGUACACUAUCAGUGGCUGUAUGGCCAUGAUCGAGUCACAACAUCACCGGUUUCGUCAAAUCCUCCAUCAGGUGCUGCAAGAAGCACAGGCCCCUGGAAUAACAUGGAAAGGACUUAUUGUCAUGGAGGAGUGUUGGAGACUUCGAAGAAUGCACCCUGGUCAAUUUUUCGGGUGGAGAGAAGCUAUGGAGAGUCUUGGUGCCAGGGUAAUGCCACCGACUAUACCUGCUCGCGUCAAACGCUCGGCACCGUUCCCCGUUUCUUGGGACAUGUCGGACGCAAUCACGGCCGACGCUGAUGCCAAGGCAACAGAAUCAGAACUUCCUUUCACCGCAUCGCAAAUCUGUUGGCGCACGUCCCAGAGGCCUGAUACAGUUACCUGCACUCGUUCCCGAGACAUUGUUCGAAAUGGUCGGCAAACGCAUCGCUAUGCGAGCACAUGCAUUCUAGUCUGGGACUGA